CUGCACCCCCCCGCCUCCCAGCCCCCCAAGUGGGUCCCCAUUGGCGGCCCAACAAAGCCCACCACCACCACGGAGCUGAGCACCCCCCCGUCGCCGCAGCCUGACGACCCCAAAGCGCCCCAUAGCGCCGCAGAGCCCAAAGCCGGGACCCCCCCUCCAAACCAAGUCAACACGGGGGCACCCAGAGGUGACGGCACCGACGGCAAGGCCUCGACGCCGGAUGGCAACAAAGCCACCGCCCCGGUGUCACCGACCACCAACGAGACCCAACCGGCCCCAUCGGCAUCACCCAACCGCACCGAAGCCAAAGCGGCACCAACCAGCCCCAAAGGGAGCUCUGAUGGCAAAGCCGGCACGGCACCGGCGCUCACCGGUACCACCGGUACCACCGGUACCACCAGUACCACCGGUAGCACCGAAGAAGCCAAACCGGUUCCGACACAUGGAGGUCCAAGAAGCAACAAUCAGACGGCGCCGGUGACGCCACCCAAGGCCGGAACCGCGGCACAACCAAUAGGGCCCAAAGCCAACAGCACCGCCACGGUGACACCACAACAGGCCGCCAACACCAACAUGGCGACACCACAACAGGCCACCAACACCAACAUGGCGACACAACAGGCUGCCAGCACCACAACGGUGACACAACAGGCCGCCAUCAAGGCCAACACCACGAUGGCAACACCGCAACAGGCCAACACCGCGACGGCAACACCACACCAGGCCGCCAACACCGCCAUGGUGACACAACAGGCCGCCAUCAAGGCCAACACCGCGACGGCAACACCACAACAGGCCGCCAUCAAGGCCGGCACCGCGACGGCAACACCACAACAGGCCGCUAAUACCACCACGAUGGUGUCGACACAACAGGCCGCCACCGGCACCGCCACGGUGACGCAACAGGCCGCCAACAAGGCCAACAUCGCCACGGUGCCGACCAACACCACCAUGGUGAGCACACAACAGGCCGCCAACAAGGCCGGCACCGCGAUGGUGAGUCAACAAAGCAGCACCAAGGCCAGCACCGCCACCGUGACGGCACAACAGGCCAACACCGCCACGGUGACGGCACAACAGGCCAACACCGCCACGGUGACGGCACAACAGGCCAACACCGCCACCGUGACGGCACAACAGACCAGCCCCAAGGCCAACACCGCUAUGGUGACGGCACAACAGGCCAACACCACCACGGUGACACAACAGGCCGCCAUCAAAGCCAACACUGCCACGGUGACGCCGCAACAGGCCAACGCCGCGAUGGCGGCAACGCAACAGGUCAGCACCAAGGACAGCUCCGCGAUGGGGGCAAUGCAACAGAUCAGCACCAAGGACAGCUCCUCAAUGGCAGCAACGCAACAGAUCAGCACCAAGGACAGCUCUGCGAUGGCGGCACAACAGAUCAGCACCAAGGACAGCUCCUCAAUGCCAUCAAUGCAGCAGAUCAGCACCAAGGACAGCUCCUCAAUGCCAUCAAUGCAGCAGAUCAGCACCAAGGACAGCUCCUCAAUGUCAUCGAUGCAGCAGAUCAGCACCAAGGACAGCUCCUCAAUGCCAUCGAUGCAGCAGAUCAGCACCAAGGACAGCUCCUCAAUGCCAUCAAUGCAGCAGAUCAGCACCAAGGACAGCUCCGCGAUGGUGACAACACAACAUGCCGUCCCCAAGGUCAACACAACGAUGGUGACAACACAACAGGCCAACACAAGCAUGGUGACAACACAACAGGCCAACACAACCAUGGUGACAACACAACAGGCCACCACCAUGACGGUGCCAACACAACAGGCCGUCCCCAAGGCCACCAAUGUGCCGGUGACGCCGCAGCAAGCCGUCCCCAAGGCCACCACCACGACCACGCCGGUGACAGCAGCACAACAGGCUGUCCCUAAGGCUACCGCUGUGCAGGUGACACCACAGCCUGUCCCCAAGGCCACCAACACAUCGGUGACACCACAACAGCCCAUCCCUAAAGCCAGCACUGUCACCACGCCGGUGACGGCACAACAGCCCGUCCCUAAGGCUGCCGUCACAUCGGUGUCACCACAACAGCCUGUCCCCAAGGCCGCCGUCACAUCGGUGUCACCACAGCCUGUCCCCAAGGCCACCAGCACCGUGGUGUCACCACAACAGCCCACCCCCAAGGCCUCCACCGCGCCGGUAACACCACAGCCUGUCCCCAAGGCCGGCCCGGCCACGGCAACGCCACCAACCGCCCCCAAAAUGUCACCAUCUGACCCCAAAACAGCCACCCCCGGCCUCACCAACGUGGCCGCCGAGCCCCAUAAGGUGCCACCACAACAAUCAUCACCCUCCAUCCCUUCCAUCCCCAAACCCGUCCCGUUGAUGUCCAUGACCCCACAACCGGUGUCAUUAACCAAACCCCUCCCCGGCAUCUAUAAACCCACCCCGAGAAGCGCUGCCAUGACGCCUCCUCCUCCCCCUCCGGGGCUCCCGAGGGCGCUGGCGGCCGCCAAGCUCUUAGGCCUCCCUUCCUCCCCCGUGGCAUCCGCCAUGCACGCCAAGGUGACGGCGCCGCGCCCCCUGCCCGCCUCCCCCGUCCCCAUGGCCGCCUCACCCGCGUCCCUGGGCCCCGACGCUGCCAGGGUGGCGCUGGUGGCCAACGUGGCGCCCGCCGUGGUCAAAGCGGAGCCGGCACCUUUGGGUGGGGGGCUGCACCUGGGGGCUGGGGGGAACGGGGCCUUGGUGGCGGCCAUAGGGGGGGGAAGUGCUGUUCAUAUGGCACCUAUGGGUGCUGGGAGUGCCCAUAUGGCACCUAUGGGUGCUGGGAAUGCCCAUAUGUCAUCUAUGGGUGCUGGUAGUGCCACUCAUAUGUCACCUAUGGGUGCUGGUGGUGCCACCCAUGGGUCUCCUAUGGGUGCUGGAAGUGCCACCCAUGGGUCUCCUAUGGGUGCUGGAAGUGCCACCCAUGGGUCACCUAUGGGUGCUGCUAAUACUGCCCAUGGGUCACCUAUGGGUGCUGGUGGUGCCACCCAUGGGUCACCUAUGGGUGCCCCUAACCCCACCCAUCUGUCACCUAUGGGUGCUGCUAACGUCACCCAGAUGUCACCUGGAUCUACCACCACCCAUAAGCCACCCAUGGGUGCUAUGGGUGCCCCCCAGACGUCACCCAUGGGUGCUGCUAAGCCCCCCACAUCAACCACCACCACGAUGGCGUCCCCCAUGGGUGCUGCCACCUCCGUCCCCUCCACAACAGCACCCAUGGGUGCCAGCACCACCCAGACGAAGCCACCCAUGGGUGUCACGGCCGCCACCGCAUCCAUUGCCACCCCUGCUGUCACCCAAGGGUCUACAGCACCCAACGUCACCCAAGGGCGUCCAACCCAAGAUGGCACCCAAGGGUCUACAGCUUCUAUUGGCACCCAAGGGUCUACAGCACCCAACGUCACCCAAGAUGGCAGCCAAGGGUCUUCAAUCCAAGAUGGCACCCAAGGGCCAAGAGCACCCAACAUCACCCAAGGGUCUUCAAUCCAAGAUGGCAGCCAAGGGUCUUCAAGAGCACCCAAUGUCACCCAAGGGUCUACAGCACCCAAUGUCACCCAAGGGUCUUCAAUCCAAGAUGGCAGCCAAGGGUCUUCAACCCAAGAUGGCACCCAAGGGCCAAGAGCACCCAACGUCACCCAAGGGUCUCCAAGCCAAGAUGGUGGCCAAGGGUCUUCGGCUUGUAGUGUCACCCAAGGGUCUUCAACCCAAGGUGGCACCCAAGGGUCUUCAGCACCCAAGGUCACCCAAGGGUCUUCAAUCCAAGAUGGCAGCCAAGGGUCUUCAACCCAAGGUGGCACCCAAGGGUCUCCAAUCCAAGAUGGCGGCCAAGGGUCUCCAACCCAACAUGGCACCCAGGGGUCUCCAACCCAAGAUGGAACCCAAGGGUCUCCAAGCCAACAUGGCACCCAGGGGCCUCCAACCUUAGAUGUUGGCCAAGGGUCUUCAACCCAAGAUGGAACCCAAGGCUCUUCAACCCAAGAUGGCGGCCAAGGGUCUCCAGGCCAAGAUGGCGGCCCUGUCUGCCCCCCCCCGUCGGUGGAGGUGGUGAUGAAGGCCAAGCGCAGCUCGUCGUCUUCGUCGUCCUCCUCUUCAUCGUCGUCUUCAUCAUCGUCGUCAUCGUCGUCGUCGUCGUCCGACUCCGAUUCCAGCUCCAGCUCCUCAGAGUCCAACCCGCCGUCACCGGCGCCGCUUCAGGACCUUGGACAGCAGCAAACGUCAGUGGGGCACAAUGUGGGGUGAA